AGUCACUCCCCUUCCAGCGUGCCGGUUUCUGUACGGAUAUCUUGGUGAUGAAUCGCCGAAUUGGAUACCCGACCACCUGGACCACGACGGAGCAAUCGGGGUGGGGAUUUCAUUUUCUUCUUUGGACAUUUCGUUUCCUCGAGACUUUGAGCGCCCCGGCGAAACUGGUCAUUCCCGUUGUCGACUUACGAAAUAGAGCAGCAGCAGGCUGAAGGAACCCAUACUCCGAACCCUCGAAAGGGAAUCUCACAAAGUUCUGGGAUCUUUUCCUACCCUGGAUUUCAUCUAAUUUCACGGGCCACACCUGCACGUACAACCUGCAAAAAUGGCCGACGAAGAAGGCGACCUCUUCAACAUCGCCAUCGACGACUCUGAUGAGGAGGAGCAGAAGCCCAGAGACUGGCAAUCGGAAGAGGACUUUCAAAAGCUUCGGGCUACGUAUCAGGUGAAGGUGCAAGACGGCGAUGUUUGGCAGACAAUAGAGCUACCGCUCAACACGGAAAAGGCCAGCAAGCCUGUGUUACAAGAACUCCUGCAUGCUGUGGAAGAGCUCUACUUCCUACGCCGGUUCGGCGAGGCUGUGGCGUUUGCGAGGCGGGUCCUGGACGGGAGCGAGGCGGCGCUGGAUCGGGAUACCAAGGAGACGCUGGUCCGGUAUGAGGAGAAGUGCCGGGGCCGAGUGGAGAAAUGAAGGGGGUUUACAGACCUUACGUAGAAGGGAUACCGUGGUGGCUUUGAGGGAGUAGUUCUUUACAUUCAGCUUAGAGUUUCGUUGGGCAGUGACUUGCGGCGGCACAUGGGAUAAAGCAUUUCUGCUGAAUCACGAUGAAACGGAU